AUGCCCCAAAGCCUCGACCAGCUCGUCAAGGGCGCCCCAGCUCCCAAUUCGCAUCUCUCCUCUUCAUUGCCAUCGUCCGAUCCUGCGCCUGCUCAGUCAUUACUCCAAUCUUCUCCCAAUUACACUGCCCAGCUCCGUCCGCCUACCCCACCCCCAGAUCCGCUGUCGACCCUCCCUUCCUCCCCCUCCCAGAUCUACCUUAAUCUCCUCAUUCUCGAAGCCUCUCUUCGGGCUCAAUAUCUCUGUUUGCGCGAGCGACGACGUCAAAACACCUUUUUCCUCCUUCUCCUCGCAGCCUGGAUCACCUAUUUCUCAUAUGCGCUCUUUCUCCGUCCACGUGAGGAUGGCAGCGGAGUCGGGGGCUCGAUCUACUGGAUGGUUGAAACAGGCGAAAAAGUUGCAUUGAUGGGCGCCGUUGUUACUGCGCUCCUGGUCUGGGGCACUGGGCAAUGGGAACGGGGAAUUCGCUGGCCGCGGCGUUGGCUGGCCGUCACCAACCGCGGCCUUCGCAACAUGAACACCAAGAUCGUCGUGAUCCGUGGCCCGUGGUGGCAGGAAUUGAUGUCUUAUCUAUCCUUCAUCUUCCCUUUCUUCCCCUCACCCGCGGGGAAUUUUCACCACGUCGAACGUCAACUGGCUGAGAAGCGUGGUGGUCGGCCACACCACUCUCACCACCAUCACUUCGACAAUGAUAGUGAACCCGACCUAGUCGAGGAGGACCUUAGCCCUGGAGGUGACUAUAUACGACUUCUCCUACUCCCUAAGUCGUUUUCGCCCGAGUUCCGCGAGAAUUGGGACGAGUACCGUACUAGUUUUUGGGAGAAGGAGAAUGAGCGACGGGCCCAGCUCCGGGAGAAAUUGCGCGAGCGGGAGCGUCAACUAGCUAGACGAGAGGGCGGUUGGUUCUGGUGGUUCGAACUAGGCUGGAAAUCACCACGCCAGCGAAGGCCUACAGCUACCAGCGAAAAGUCGCACCCCAAUCGAAACCGUCGCCGCUCAAGCGUCUCCAAGCUUGGCCAUGACCUGAAACCUUCCUCGCGUCGCAAUGUACGCUCCGACUCGCAAUCGCAAUCCCGUACUUCGUCGCGCAGUAGUACCCCCGCCGAUGGCGGUUGGGCGAGUGACGAGCGUCCACCGUCUCGCGGGGGACGCACUCGUCGAGGCAGCGCGACUCUAUCGCCCGCCUCAGCAGCGGAACAUGGCCAACGAGCACGCAGUAAGCGAGGUACCAGGGCACUCCCUCAGGGCCUGUCCCCUCUGACCCAGGCACAGAUCAGAGAAGGCCUGCAGCCUCUUCCGUCACUCGAUUCCUUCUCUGUAUCAGGAGAAGAGAGGACGUCAUGA